CAGUCUGUAAACUUUUCCAAACUCCUUUAGAACUUUUUCCCUUGCAGGCAGGAGCAGGAUCAGCCCAGUGCCCCCCGCCGCCCCUCUCGCCAUGCCGAGGGGUCAGGUAGAGGCUUCCUGAAAACCCGAGGUGCUACAGGUGUCCAUGAGCCUCAAAAUGGAGAUCAGGAACGGAGGGUCACUGAUUCUGGAUCCCGGGUUCCAGCAGCAGCUGGAGGACUCGAGGGAGCAGCUAAAACGGGAGAUCCAGAGGGAGCUGAAGAUCAAGGAGGGGGCUGAGAACUUACGCAAAGUGUCAACGGACAAAAAGCAUCAGGGCCACGUGGAGAGCCAGCUGAAGGCGUCCAACCGGCGCCUGCAAGAGCUGCACCGCCAACUGCAGGAGCUGAAUGGCCGCAUCGUCAUUAUGGAGAAGGACACCAAACAAGACGGGGUGGUCUCUCCGGACCACUGUAUAUUCGAUCAGAGCCUCGAUCCAAGGCAGCGCAGAGUGGAAGCGCUGAAGAGGCAGCUGCACAUAGAGAACAAGGUCCGACAAGGUGCAGAGAACAUAAUUCAGAUGUUUUCCAGUGGAGCGUCGAAGGACAGGAAGCUUCUGGCCACAGCUCAGCAAAUGCUUCAGGACAGCCGGAUAAAAACGGAGUUACUCCGCAUGCAGAUCGUGAAGUUAACACAGUCCCCGGGGGCGGCAUCUGACCUUAACGACUCGGACACGCUGUCGCCCCUGGAGUUGCGACUGGAGGAGCUGAGGCGGCACUUGCGAGUGGAAGCGGCGGUUGCAGAGGGAGCAAAGAACGUGGUGAAGUUGCUGGGUGGACGCAAACUGCAGGAUCGGAAGGCUUUGGCGGAGGCCCAGUCACGACUACACGAGUCCAGCCAGAAGAUCGACCUCCUCCGCCUGGCCCUGGAGCGCUGCUUGUCUGAGCUCCCCUCCGGACACCCCAAACAGCUGCUCAUCAAACAGGAUCUGCAGAGCUGUCCUACCGCGGGCGGCGUCUGGGGAAAGGAGCAAAGCCUGGGCCAGACCCUCACCCCUCUCAUCAAGCCGACGGCCCUGACGGGAACUCUGGAGAUCCACAUCUUGGGCUGUCAGGGGCUGCUGGAGUCGGUUCCUGGACGUUCUAGGGCGACGUCCGGUCACGAAAGUCCUAACGAGGCGAAGAACUUCAUGCGUUACCGGGCUGGAGGAAGCAGUCAUGGACGAGGCGGAUCUGGAAGAUACUUACGGACGGAUGAGCUCUGCGGAGAGGUGAUGUGCCUCCUCAAGGUCGAUAACAAGCCAGUCACUCAUACUAACUGGGGACCAGUUCACAACCAGUGCUGGGAUCAGAGGUUCACUAUCGAGCUGGAGCGGUCCAGGGAGUUGCAGCUGUCCGUGCAUUGGCGAGACUGGCGGGAGCUGUGCGCCAUCCGCUUCAUACGUCUGGAGGACUUUCUGGACAAUGAGCGGCACGGGGUUUGCCUGCAGCUGGAGCCACAAGGGAUGCUGUUUGCUGAGAUCAUGUUCUGUAACCCCGUGAUCGAGAGGAGAGGCAAAGUCCAGAGGCAAAAACGCAUAUUCCCAAAGCAGAAAGGAAAUGAUUUCCUCAGGGCCACCCAAAUGAACAUAAAUUUUGCAACCUGGGGACGACUGAUGAUGAGCAUCCUACCUCCGUGCGGCACCGUGACUUCUCUUAGCCCACCGCUACCCAGUUCUAGCGAUACCCAGGUUGAUCCCAUAGACAGCACUUUCCCGGUAAAGAAAUUGAUCUUCAGCGAUGACCCUUCAACUAAGCCACCACCACCCAAACCUCCCCGCGUGUUCCUCCCGCUGGAACCUGAAAAAGAAGCGUCUCCCACAGACUCUUGUAAGGCUCCCGUAAAGUCCAAGAAGCGCAUCCACUCAGAGGACGGAGGGACCCCGAGCUCUGCUGAACCCCAAAAGCUUCUCAGGAAAAGGGUGCUUCAGCUGGAUGACUUCACCUGCGUAUCUGUGCUGGGCAAGGGGCAUUUCGGGAAGGUACUUCUUGCCGAGUAUAAGAAGACGGGAAAGCUGUAUGCCAUCAAAGCGCUGAAGAAGCGAGAGAUCGUGAGCCGAGAUGAGUUCGAAAGUUUGCAGUGUGAGAAGCGGAUCUUUGAGGUGGUGAAUUCUUCUGAUCACCCGUUCUUGGUGAACCUUUUUGGAUGCUUCCAGACCUCAGCGCAUGCGUGUUUUGUCAUGGAGUACAUGCCGGGCGGAGACCUGAUGAUGCACAUACAUGAAAAUAUCUUCUCGCUACCUGCAACAAGGUUCUACUCCGCCUGCGUGGUCCUGGGACUCCAGUUCCUACACCAGAACAAAAUCAUUUACAGAGACUUGAAGCUGGACAACUUACUGAUGGACGCCAGUGGCUUUGUGAAGAUUGCAGAUUUUGGGCUCUGUAAAGAAGGUAUGGGAUAUGGUGACAGGACCAGCACCUUCUGUGGUACACCCGAGUUCCUCGCGCCUGAGGUUCUGACCGACACGUCGUAUACGUACGCAGUGGACUGGUGGGGACUGGGAGUGCUGAUCUAUGAGAUGCUGGUUGGAGAGUGUCCGUUUCCUGGUGACGAUGAGGAGGAGGUGUUUGAUAGUAUCGUGAAUGAAGAAGUGCGUUACCCACGUUUCCUGGCCAAGGAAGCCAUCAACAUUAUACGGAAGUUACUUCGGAAAACACCUGAUCGCCGCCUAGGGGCUGGUGUAGGUGACGCAGAGGAGAUAAAAACACAACCUUUCUACCAGGAGAUGGACUGGGAGGUCCUGUAUGCCCGCAAGCUGCAGCCUCCCUUCGUACCCGCCUUAAACGAUCCCUUUGACGUUCGGAAUUUCGAUGAAGAAUUCACUGGGCAGAAACCCGUGCUGUCUCCAUCGGACGACCCUCGCCCCUUGACCGCCGCCGACCAGAUUCUCUUCCAGGACUUUGACUUUGUCUCUGAUCUUCUUCUUGGAGAGAAGAAGUGACGCUGCCGAUCUUAAGACAAUAUCUUGGCCUCCUCUCCAGCUUUACUACGUUUGGUGUGUGAUAUAAUGCACUUACUGACGGGACCUACUGCAAACUAUGGCAUCUAUGUCUACCUCAGCUCAGCCGCUGUUCUUCAUGCACUUAUUGCCAUGAUACCUGUGCCAAAUGAGCAGCCAUGAUGUCUUGUACCUCUACUGCUAAGUUGUCUAUAGGAGUCCUUCAAUCGUCCUCCUCCUCAAGGUCUGGGGUCUGCAAACGCAAUAUAACAGUGGUAGCCAUUGAGGGAGAAAACCGAUAGUCUCGUGUCGUCCUCUUCUGUCAGCCAUUUUUAUUAUAUUUAGAAGUCCGCAUUAAAGGGCAUGCCCACCCAUGCCACCAUUCUUCAUUGAACCAGUGCAUCUAAAAUGAAGCCACUUUGCAAAUUGUUUUGUUUAUGCAGAUCUUUGUCUCCAUGGUAACAGACUACAAGCAAAACUUGCGUAGUCUGAUCCUGUAGUCGAGCGCUCUUCCAUCUGUCCCCUGCUUCUUGCGCAUACCCACGGUGACAGAAGGAUCGGUGACACAUCGCACUGCAGAGGAGCGGUCUAUAAUAGGUCAUUUCUGAUCAUGACUAAUUGACUACGUACAGAGUUUCUUCAGUUUAUUUUAGAUGUGUUUUAGCAAUGGAAAAAAAAUGUUGUUUAGGUAGAUAUUUUUGGGUCAGGCUCAGCACAAUUGCUCUCCCACCACUAAAAAAUACAAUGCGCAUUGGAAAAAAAGAAAACGUAUGUGGCGAGGUAGACCUGUAUAUACCGUGUACAUAUUCUGCUUUCAACUCUCAGCCGAUGGGACGGUUAUAACUUCUUCAUUUCUGGAUUUUCUAGACCGCUGUUUGAGAAACAGCGCCACUCUUGUUAAUGGGCUGUGCCUGGUAUUGCAGUUUUGCUGAUAAGAGGUUGAGAUGCAAUACCAGGGACAGUCCAUUGAGAAGAGGGGUGCUGUUUCUGAAUGGAGGCAUCAAAGUUGUUUAAAUCUCAUAAAAUGCAUUUUUAAAGGGCUUCUAAGUCGCGUAAAACUUUUGUGCAAGCGUUCCAGAAGGGGGGGCUCUAUAGAUGUAUACAACUGCCGCCACUGGUUUGAUUGCGGCUGCAGAAGGGGAUUUUGUUUUGGUUGAUAUUGAUUGGAAGCAUACAUAGAUUCCCAAUUCUAUAUCCCCCCCCCCCCCCCCCCCACCUACGUGCAUUUCUGGUUCCCAAUACUUGCAUAUUCUGGGAUCAGGGCGACCCCAUGGUUUCCAUGCAUAUACCGGAAUGGCACAAGGACGUAGAUUUUGGUCGUCUGAGGUUUACAAAAUCUUUCAGUCCAAUGUCGGAGCAUUACAUGGUCGCUACACCAUGGAAGGCCAGAUCUAUAAGCAUAUUUCCUGUACAGAACUCCUUUAAUAUCCCUGUAUUGUGUGGCGGGCCUCUCCCUAUGGAGCGAUGGACUGGCAUAGCCCUGGUAUAACCAGUGCCGCUUGUGGUUAUACCAUGCUGUGUGCUUCCUGCACUACAAAUGAAGGAAAAUAGAAGAAAGACCCUUUAAGAGCGCAUCCGAUGUGUCCUACAGUCAGUGUUGGACGGGUGUUACCUGUAUCAUAGUAAUAUAUAGAGAACGGUGUGUUUUUAAUGUUCAGAUUUUUGUUAUAUUACAAGUCGGGCAGAGUUUCCCUUUAAAAGCCGCAGCAAUGAUUUAUGAAGGGGAAUAUGUGCCGCCCUGUGUACUAAUAAACCACGUUUGG